UCGUUUCGUCGUGUUGUGUGUUUGCACUUUGCGUUCGCAUUUUCGUCUUUAUACACAUUUUUCUGGAAGAAAAUAUAUAAUAAAACUACUUACGAACAGUUAAAUAAUUGAAUAUUUGAUGUAAUGCUAAGCAACGCUGUUUGGUGUAACAUUUUUAUCGUGUUGUUCGUCGGCGUAGCUUGGGCCCACGUUAUCUAUUUGAGUUGGAAGUUGUCAGACUUGCAAGACGAUGCCGCUAACCGCUGAUGUUGCUGCACAGCAGGUACAGGAGCGACUAAGAUCCCUGCACAGAUUGAUUUACGACAUAGAUACAGAGAGGACACGCAAUGAGCAGUGCAUUGAGAACAUCCUCCGAGCUGAGAAAGCUGCAGAAUCUCCUUCAGCUAAUGAGGACUCCUCCAGUUCCUCACAACAGCAACAACAACUAAAAACCCUGUAUAAAUCUGGUUUGACGGCCGCUGAACAAGAGGAGAGGUUGCUGAGAGCAGCAUUGUCACGCAUCUACGAAAUUCGCGCCAUUAAAAAUGAGAGGAGAAUUCAGGCCCGUCAUGCAGGGAACAAAGAAACAAUUGGUUGUGGGGCUCUGAUGAAGAUGCUGCUGAGCGCGGCCCAGACGCUGCCACUACACGUGGGUCGCGUGGGCGAGCGCGCGCCGCCGCUGUGCGGGGCGGUGCCGGCUGACGCGGGACAUAUCGCGCGCCCCGGGGACGCCGUCGCUGCACUCGUCAAGGUGUCAGAGAAAGAGGAGAACUGGAUAUUGGCUGAGGUAGUCUGCUGGCACCCGGCUCAGGGCAAGUAUGAGAUCGACGAUAUAGACGAAGAGCAGAAGAAUCGUCACGUGCUCAGCAAACGUCGUGUCGUCCCGCUCCCACUCAUGCGGGCAGACCCUCGGACAGACGAACAAGCGUUGUUCCCUAAGGGCGCUGUAGUGAUGGCCUUGUAUCCACAGACCACUUGCUUUUACCGAGCUGUCGUGAAUAGACUGCCCGGCAGCGCGUCUGAACCGUAUGAAGUGUUGUUUGAGGACUCCUCGUACGCAGACGGGUAUUCGCCGCCGGAGCGCGUGGCUCAGCGCUACGUGAUCGCCAUUAAGGAAGGCAAGGGCCGCGCCACCUGACCCCACGUUGACCACGCGGCCGGCUCGCGCGACGACACCACCGACUCCGACGAGCUGCAUUAGAGUCGCGUGGGUUGAAGCAAAACUAUUGCCUUGUUGCUAAUCGUAUCGUAAUGGGGAUAUUCAGGCUGCAAACGUUCUAAUCGGACGAAUCGCUAACGUAUAACCGAUCCGAAUUAAAUGAACACCUAACGUCCACGACGAGGUCUCGGUUACACAAUACCAAUCGAAAUGUUUGCAACCUGGCUAACUCCCCAUAUAUGUUCGCUUUCAGCGCUUAGAUACGGAAAAAUAAAAUGGGUUGACAAAAUCGGAUCGCGUGACAUUUUUAUUGUCAUUCGUUUUUAUCCGGUGUUGUGUAAAACUACAAAUAGAGUUAUGCAGUAAUUUGGUAAAUGAUAUUGUGGAUUGAACUUCAAUCUACGCUUUUAAUGGGUGUUUAUAGUGUACUGAAAGAAACUAAGUAGAUGUUUCUAGAGGACUUUUGUAUAUACAGGUUAUUCAUGUAUUAUUGUAUCGUAUUAUCACUUGUUACGUAGCGUUAAAAUGUAAUGUUCAAGAUAACAUACUUGUGUUAUUUAUAAGAGUCGUGUGAAAGGUAAUAAUAUAAUUAAAACAUUUUUAUGGAUA